UGUUCAUUGAUUGCAAUUACCAUGAAUGAUAAAACGGCUGUAAACCACACACACGUGCUGCCUAACUUUUCUCUGCAACCAUAGUGCCUGGUGUACAAUCAUCGUACAGGUGUACUGCAAUGUACGCUUACUUUGCACAUGUAGCUGUUUGGUAUUCAUAAAAUAAUAGCAUGAAGACACUUGUGCGCGGCGUGCAGACUUGUACCGAAGACCCUUAGUAAUAUACGUAGACGCCAGGUAUUACUGACACAAGUGCACUGUGUUGUCACCAACGCUGCAAAGGACUUACAAUGACGGAGCGUUCAGUAAGCGACCAGGCAAGCUCCUUUCAGCCGCUCCGCAACGGAGUCUCACCCAGACCAAACAGGAAAAUGGCCUGGACUCGUGGGAAGUUGACUUUGCUCCUGCUCGUGCUGCAGGUGGUGUUCCUGGUGCUGUUCGGGGUGCUGGUGGAGUAUGAUCCGUCGGCUGACGCCCGCAAAAAGUCCGGAGGUCACGGAGAGGCGGAAGGCGAAAACCUGGCUGGCUUUAGCAAUCAAGUGGACCUCUACUACCCAAUGUUUCAAGAUGUUCACGUGAUGAUGUUUAUCGGCUUCGGCUUUCUCAUGACCUUCCUCAAGAAGUACGGCUACGGCUCUGCCGGGUUCAACUUUUUGAUCGCCGCCUUCGUGCUGGAGUGGGCCACGCUCAUGCGCGGCUUCCUGGAACUCGCGGUGAAGGGGGAGGACAAGAUCCAUGUCAACAUUCAGAGCAUGCUGACAGCGGACUUCACCUCGGCCGUUGUUCUCAUCUCCUUCGGGGCGGUCCUGGGCAAGACAUCGCCGGUACAGCUGAUUGUCAUGGCGUUCUUCGAGGUUGUCUUAGCGCUUGUCAACGAACACAUCGGGCUCGAAAUUUUCGGGACUGUAGACGUUGGCGGCUCAAUGUUUGUACACGUCUUUGGCGCCUACUUCGGUUUGGCCGUUGCUCGUGUACUUGCCCGGGAUGCAACCGAAGACAACGAGAACGAAGGCGCCACCUAUCAUUCUGAUAUCUUCUCUCUCAUUGGAACUAUCUUCCUGUGGUUGUUUUGGCCAAGCUUCAACAGCGCCCUCGCCCUGGAGGAUGCUCGCCACCGGGCAGUGCUCAACACGUACUUCUCGCUGGCUGCCUGCUGCGUGGUCACAUUCGCCAUCACCACACUGCUUAACAAGGAUGGCAAAGUCGAAAUGGUGCACAUCCAGAAUGCGACUUUGGCCGGAGGUGUUGCCGUGGGAACGAGCGCUGAUUUGAUGAUCCAGCCCUGGGGCGCCAUCUUGAUCGGCAUAGUGGCCGCCAUGUUGUCCACCGUCGGAUACAAGUACAUCCAGCCCUUCCUCGCCAGCAAACUCAAACUCCACGACACGUGUGGCGUGCAUAACCUUCACGGCAUGCCGGGUAUUCUGGCUGCUUUCGCCGGCGCCAUUGCCGCUGCGACUGCCACCAAAGAACGUUACGGAGAUAAUUUGUACAAAAUCUUCGAGGCUCGGGCAACCAACGGGAGCAUGAAUACGGCUGAAGACUUCACUGGUGGCAUGUCCCACGUGAUGGAAUCGCCGCGCUCGGCGAGUGGUCAGGCCGGGUACCAGCUUGCUGCACUCGCUGUGACCUUAGCGAUAGCUAUCGUUGGAGGUGUCAUAACUGGUUUGAUCAUGAAGAUUCCGAUCUGGAACGAGCCGGAAGAUGAUGAACUCUACGAGGACAAGCCAUUCUGGGAUGUAAGUACGAUUGAUAAAUCCGAGGUUGAGUACCACGAGGUAUCAACAGGCGAUAUCCCCAUGAAGAAAUAUGCCAAAGACGGAAAUAAUGCUGAGGCUCCUGUCUGAGUACCGACCAACAAGUUGACCCACCAAUCAUACUGCCUUGCCUUGGGCACGUGACCACAAAAAAAAACGUUAUGGGGAAAGGUGCCAUUUAAUGGGCGUUUCAAUGGGUGUUUGGUCCACUUGUUAGACAAAUAUUUUACUGACAAACAAAUCAGUGGACGUAUUUUAAUUCUGCUAUGAUUCAAUGAAAUUUUGUGUUAACACAGAAAAAAAAAGUAAAUUCACUAAAACGCCAAGGGAGCAAUGUCGGUCUAAUUGAUUGGGACAAACUGAAUUCGAAAGUAUUGUUAUUCCUAGCGCUAUCUUAUCUUACUUUCGUUUUUCUCCAAACUGGAAAUAAACUAAACUUUCAAAUCUUUUGAAAAGAAGGAAUUCGACCAAGUAUCAGUUGAAACAAAACGAUUUUGGGGGAAGUCCAUCAAGUAGGUAGGUCGAGUUAAAAUGAUUUUUCGUGUUGUUGGUGAUGACGAUCCUUAUGACAGGGCUGAUGACAGCGGAGUGAUCAAAGAUGGAGACGAUGGUGAUGUGUUAGUAGGGUUAGUUAUGACCAACAACCAGGUUUUCAGGACAAAACGUCAGUAGAAUGGUCAUUUUUCAAUUAACACGCAUCUAUUUCACUUUGACAAAUCUAAAAAAAUGUAAUAUUUGGUAAGCAAUGGAAAAUAUAAAUAUUGUUUUUUUGAAGACUUUAACAACUAUCAGCGAGUGAGGUUUUGGAAUAAACACGCCUUUCCAUUCACUGUGACCCAUACACUACUCAGAAUUUCUGGAGUUGGAAGUUGGGCCCCUUUUCUUUUUAACAAAUAAACCUUGCGUCGUACAUACUUGUUAACCUUUAAAAUAGUCCCUGUUCGGUGAUAACCGAAUCAAAAGUAUUAACUUUAACAAUUUACACGCUACAAUUUACACGUUUGUGUAAAGUAUGGGUGAACCAUUGAAAUGCGUUUCUGUACCCUUUUAUAAUGUGGUAGCACAAAGUUGCCAGGUUGUGGUGUAAGUCCCUUUUCUACGGCGUUUUAGAGCCACCAACCUUUCAGUCUACUAACCGCUGACUGGCCUACUCGAUAUGACGCCAUAUUUCCGCCAUUUCGGUUUCCCGGGCUGCUGUGUAUCUCGUAAGUGUGCAUAUGUACACACGCACACACAUGUUAAUUUGUAAUACAAGUUUAUGAUUUUGAUCUUACGGGGUCGGUAGGCAUUAACUGUCGCUACAAACUCGGAAGAAGAGAUCAGGUAAAGUGCUUAUGUGCCAUGGGGAAAAAUGAUGGCAGAGGUAGCCUCAAGGUGUGGGCAUUUUCACGUUGACCAGCUGAUAUGGGAGUUAAAGCGUUUCUCACUAACUGAUUCCAUUCCUUUCUCAAAAUCGCCAUGUUGAAUCUGAAGCGAGGCUCCACUUCAGGCUACCCUCUGCAGAGGAAUACAGAUAAAACAGUUACAGCGUAAAGCCUCUCUUGCAGACUAACAGUGAAAAGGCUUAUGGAAAGACUUUUUAAGUCAGCCAGGGGUUCAGGAGAAAACAGGGUUAAAGUACGAAGUAUCCUCAUGAUUGUGACGUUGUGAAUGUGAUUUUUUCUUUGAUGCUCGAUGAGUUAAGUAGUUAGUAUGUCUAUGUGUGUAAUCAUCAGUAGUUUAUGGUAGAGAAUACAACGUAGCUGGUAGAAUGUAGAACGAUUUUGCUUUGCCGUAUUAAAAGUGAGAAGUGUACUCGAGUGUUUUCUUGAGCAAAUGCUUGUUUGCAUGGCCGUCAGGGGCCAAGUGGUAUAGCGUCCAUUUGCACCAGGAGUUGAGGGUCCGUUCCUAUUGACGGAGCCGGGGUGCAAGGUCAAAAGAGCUUGGAAGUUUUUGUUUGGGAAAUAUAAUGAGAAAAAGAAGAUAAGGGGGAUUAUUGGGGAGGAUCUUGACAUUGUGUCAGAUGGGAGUUUGCUGGAGUGUUCCAACAGCUGUUCCAAAUGUCUCGGAACUGCCAUACAGUUCUUAGGUUAUGGAAAUCAUCCGUAUUUGUUCCAAUUCCCAAGAAGUCAAGCCCCACUCUCUUGACUGAUUAUAGACCAGUAGCUCUGACAUCUAUUGUGAUGCAAUGUUUUGAAAAAAAAAUUGUAAGAGAUAUUUUGAUUCCAGAAACGUUGACUUUCACUGACCCUUUUCAGUUUGCAUACAGAGCCAAACGUUUAGUAGAGGAUGCUAUGGUUACUUUUUUGCAUAAUAUCUAUGAUCAUUUCGAUAAGUCAGGAACUUACGUGCCCUCUUUUUUUACUUUUCCUCGGCCUUUAAUUCCAUUAACCUCAUGUUCUUUCGAGUUAGCUACGGGUCGUUAAUCCAUACCUUGCACUUUGGAUAAAUGAUAUUUUGUUAUACAGAUCACAGAGGAUCAAGCUGGCUAAUUCAGUAUCUGAUGCCAUCAAUGUUAACACAGGUGUUCCCCCAUGGACGUGUUCUGUCGCUUUCUCUUCUGUUCUCUCUGUACAAAAUUGAUUUUUGCCAUGGCAGCAGAUCAUGUUUUAUAAUAAAAUAUGCUGAUGACUCUGCUUUGUCUGGAAUGAUCACCAAUAACUGCGAAAAUGAUUAUAGAAAUGAAAUCAGCAGAUUUGUGGACUAGUGUCGCCGAAAUUCUUUGAUAUUAAAUGUACAAAAGACCAAAGAAACAAUAUUUGAUUUCCGGUCAAAGAACCGGUUGAAAUCAAUAAAGUCGUUCACAAGUUUAAGUACUUGGAAACUCUUGCACAUGAUAAACUAAACUGAAAUGCAAACACAACUAGAAUCUGUAAAAAAAAUCAAACUCAAGGCUCCAUUUUUUUAAGGACACUGGGAUUUUUAUAACGCGAGUGACCGAAUUUUGAAACCUUUUUAUCAGAGCAUUGUACAGUCGACAAUUUUCUGCUGCAUAAGUUGGUUUGACUCCCUCACUUUGUGCAAUCGUAACAAACAUCGUGUUUAAAGAAUUAUUGAUGGUGACUUUCAGAACAUCCAAAAAAUAGCUCAGUGUCAUGUCAGUGUUAACCUUAAUGAAAUUAUGUCUGAUGAUACUCAUCCUAUCAACCCUUUUAUUAUUCGAAACCGACCCGGUAGAAUGCGCCAACUUUCCUGCAAAACAAAUGGAACAAAAUCCUCUUUUUAACCAUGGGCCAUUCGUAUUUUUAAUGCAUCUUUUACUACAUGAGUAGUUUUGGUUUUAUUUUUCUCUUCCAUAUUUCAUGUUUUGUCCUUCCGCUUUGUUUUAGGUCUUUGCUGUUCCCCCUUCCUCUAAAUUGUUAUCUUUUCGUUACUACUAAAUUACCUAUCUGUAAAUGUAACAUAAUGUAGUUGAAUGUAACAUUUUUAAAACUGGUUUUGAUUAAUGCUUUUGAACUUGGUAAUUUUAUUUUUAACAUUCAUGUAAUAUACUGUAAUUUUAUUUCCUGCAACACUGGGAGAGCAAAUUUCGUGUGAAAACUUUCUUUACUCGACAAUAAAGUAUCUUGAAUCUUGAA